GACAUCAGUUCCAAAGAUUAGUGCUUUCCGUUACCAUACAAGAACGCAGCCAUGUCCCUAUCAGCUAUUGUACAUCAGCGCUUCCCUUUAGGCCGUAUAUACCUUCUCUUUUUUCAAAAUUCUUUUCACCCUUUUUGAUCUCAUUGUCCAAACGAGAGAUCGACUAUUAUUGUCUUUCAAGGUACAGUGAGUGGGCCGAAAGAGCUUUGUGCUCAUUUCCCAGUUCAGUGGCCUUGGUGAAUCAAGAUUUAUGCGACAAGAAGACCUGGGGCCUUCUUUCAUGGGACCCGAGUAAGAAAAAAAAAAAGAAUAAGGGAGAUAGCACGAUGCAAAAGUCCUGGCUUGUUUUGCUCGCUACUUUCCUUGGCUUGCAAGGGACAACAGCGCUGACACUCCACCGAAGAGAGCUUCCGGCCGUUGUCUCGUUGGAUAUCAAACGAAAUAAUGCUGUUGACCCUGUGGCUAGAGAUCGGAUGAGACGGAAGCGCGACAAGACCGUUGAACAGAAUCUUGAUAAUGAGGAAACUUUAUAUUUCUGUAACAUAACUCUGGGCACACCAAAGCAAAGCCUACGGUUAGUUCUUGAUACAGGAAGCAGUGACCUCUGGUGUAAUGCAGCGAAUUCGACACUUUGCUCAUCUAGAGAUAAACCCUGCAAUGCCUCAGGGUCUUACGACCCAACUUCAUCUUCGUCAUAUGCCUAUGCAUCUUCGGACUUCAACAUAUCGUAUGCUGAUGGCACUGGAGCCGCCGGUGAUUAUGUUACCGACACUAUCCACAUUGGAGGUGCUACUGUCAAGGACUUCCAGUUUGGGGUGGGUUACUCGUCUAGCUCCGCCGAGGGUGUUUUGGGAAUAGGAUACACAACGAACGAAGUCCAGGUUGGCCGGUUCGGUAAAAGUGCCUACGCAAAUCUUCCUCAAGCCAUGGUCAAAAACGGUCUAAUUCAGUCGAAUGCUUAUAGCCUUUGGCUUAAUGACCUGGGAGCAGAUACUGGCUCGAUUUUAUUUGGAGGCGUUAAUACGGAGAAGUAUCAUGGAGAACUGCAAACUUUGCCGAUUCAGACGGUCAAUGGGAUCUAUUCUGAGUUCAUAAUCGCACUAACCGGUGUCUCAUUGAGCUCAUCAUCAAGUCAGCAUAAUUACUCAUCUUCUGAUGCUCUCCCAGCCGCGGUCCUGCUUGACUCGGGAAGUUCUCUGACCUAUCUUCCAAAUUCCAUUGUGCAAGACAUCUAUGAUGAUCUGGGUGUCACUUAUGAGUCAUCCAGCGGUGUUGGCUAUGUGCCAUGUAGCCUGGCACAGCAAAAUAUUAAUGUGACCUACACCUUUUCGUCUCCUACUAUUACAGUUGGGAUUGAUGAACUCGUUCUAAAUGCAGGUGAUCUGCGAUUUCGGAAUGGCGCGCGUGCAUGCAUUUUUGGCAUUGUACCAGCCGGAGAUAGCACUGCUGUCCUGGGGGAUACGUUCUUACGCAGUGCAUAUGUUGUAUACGAUCUAUCCAACAAUGAAAUCUCCCUCGCCAAUACCAAUUUCAACUCUACUCAGGAUAAUAUCUUGGAAAUUGGAACUGGCGACGAUUCCGUCCCUGGGGCCACCCAGGUUUCAAAUCCCGUCACAUCAGUUGUGGCCGAUGGGUCUGGGGCCAGGAUCGGGGGUCCAACUGGUGGGAUCUUUACUGAUCUGCCUUCAGCAACAAGUACCGGCGGCGCUGCAGCACCUGCCGGGCCAACAGAUGUUCCAAAGCACUUGGUUUUUGGUGCAGCGGCUAUUGGUUACGUGCUCGCUUUUUGAUGUAGAUGACUUUUCACCAGCAAAUAUCUUGUGUUCUUGCAUAAUUUUUUCUGCUUGUUAAAGCCCACUGGCUGCAUACUACCUGGUGAUACCCUAGAUCUUAGCUCUCUUUCUUUUCUGCCCUCCGCUUUCCUUUUUUUGAACCCUACCGUGUCUUGUGAUCUUGUCGACACUUUUUUCUCCUCAGUAGGGUUGACGAUUCGCCUGUAUGUAUUCGAUGGAUAUCUAUAUCUAUAUAUAUAUCGAACAUUCCAUACAUAUCUGAUCUACUCCUAAUAUAU